GCUCUGCCUGCACGAUCGCCAUCACCCCAUCGACGCGCUCUCAUCUGGCAGUGGGCUCUCGUUGCCCUCCAUUUCGUCCUCCUUCUCCUGCUCCUUGUAGUUAUAGCUGCUGCUGCUGUUGUUGUCGAUAUUCUUCUCCAGUUGCAGUGUCAGGCAUUGCAGCAUAACUGCAGGGGAGUUGUUCAGACUGAUGAGGUGUGGCUAGUACAUAUUGCAGUACUCACUGCCAACCGGUCGCUGCAUUACUUCGCUGCACCCAUCGAGUCUCUCUCUCCUCUCCUCCUCCUGCCAACAAUAACCAUUUCAGCGUUGUCACUUUUACCUGCAUUGUUGUUUGCGACCUUGGGUGGGCAGGAGCAUUGGAGUUUCUUUUUCUCGACUUGGUGGUAGAGUGCAGGAGUCGGCUUGAGAGCAGGCAAUGGAAGCUAUGGCUAUGGUGUGGACUGUUGUCUUGGCGCUGAUGCUGGUGGUGGCGCCCUUUGGAUCGGAGGCGCGCAGCAACUUCAUGGCGGGAGGAUGGGGCUAUGCCCAUGCUACGUAUUACGGCGGUGCUGAUGCGUCAGGAACUCAAGGCGGGGCAUGUGGAUUCGGGAACCUCUACAGUACCGGUUACGGAACCAACACUGCGGCACUCAGUGCUGCCUUGUUCAACAGUGGCCUUAGCUGCGGCUCCUGCUAUGAGCUUGCUUGCGACCCCAAUGGCUCCAAAUACUGCCUUCCAGGGGGGCCAACAGUCACCGUUACUGCGACCAACUUCUGUCCCCAUGGGUCCUUGGGAGGAUGGUGCGACGCUCCCAAGCAGCACUUCGACCUCGCUCACCCCAUGUUCGUCAGCCUCGCGAGAGAGGUUGGAGGCGUCAUCCCCAUCAAGUACAGAAGAGUUCCUUGCGUGAAAUCCGGCGGCAUGCGCUUCACCAUCAACGGCAACCCUUGGUUCUUGCUGGUGCUCGUCACCAACGUUGCCGGCGCUGGGGAUGUGCAGCAUAUGUACAUCAAGGGCUCCAACACCCCUUGGGAGCCUAUGUCACGCAACUGGGGUUCAAUGUGGCAGUUCACCGGCGACAGCAAGAUGAAGGGUCAGGCUCUCUCCUUCAAGGCCGUUACCAGCGACGGAUCCGUGGCUGUCUCCAUGGACGCUGCCCCCGGAAACUGGCAGUUCGGCCAGACGUUUGAAGGCGUUAACUUCUGACCCUGGCCCUUCAUGGUCCAUGGCGACCGUAGACCAUAUAAUUUUUUUACAUAUCUUCAGAGAACAAUUGUGAUCGGUACUUUGAAGCCCUAGCAGAGGCGUUGUAUAUCUCGCCCGCUGUCUGUCUGUCUGGUAUACAUUCUUACUCCCCUAGCUAGUAGUCAGCUUAGCUCCUCUACCCCAGUCUUUAUCUCAAGCAGUAGGUGCAGAUUAGCGGGUAGGAUUAUUAGCUUUGCACUUCUUGCUGCUUCUUAUUGGUUUCCAAUCAAUGCCCACUCCAAGCCUACCAUAGCCUUGAGCGCAGUGAGGAAGUUAUAUGGUUGCUGAGGUGUGCCUGUAACACCCGCUCCUACCUGUAUUUUAUACCCACAACACGUACCAGGCCUGCUCUAUGUAAUAGAAUUUUGAUGCUCUUGAGCACCAGCUCUAAAAUCUAAUGCACAAAGCAUGACCCCAUGCUACAGCGUUAUUUGCAA